GACAAGUCACGCAGGGCGCCGACGAGGAUCUGCACACCGAGAGAAUGAAGAUCCAAAAGGGGAGGAGCUGAAAGAAAGGAGAUCUAACGAGCGCCUGAAGGAGGGUUCUGUCACAUGUGGACCAACAAGGAGAAGAAGGAAGAAGACAUCUGAGCGGCGUUGCCAUGGCGUCCUUAGGCAUGCAGAUGCUGGCCAGCGCCCUGUGCCUGCUGGGUUGGGCGGGCGUCAUCAUCAGCUGCCUGCUGCCCACGUGGCGGGUGACGGCCUUCGUGGGCAGCACCAUCGUCACCUCGCAGACCAUCUGGGAGGGCAUCUGGAUGACCUGCGUGGUCCAGAGCACGGGGCAGAUCCAGUGCAAGCCCUACGAGUCGCUCCUGGCGCUCGGCGCCGACCUGCAGGCGGCCCGGGCGCUCACCGUGCUCGCCAUCGUGACCGGCGCUGUGGGCCUCCUCCUGGCUUUUGUCGGGGGGAAGUGCACCCGGUUCAUGGAUGACGAGCGCCCCGGGUCCAAAGGGAGAGUGGCGGUGGCGGCGGGGGCCGUGCUGAUCGUCACCGGGUUACUGUGUUUGAUCCCCACGUCGUGGGUGGCCGGCGCCGUGGUCAGGAGGUUCUACAGCGCCACCAUCGACGCGCAGCGGCGAGAGAUCGGCGCCAGUCUCUACAUCGGCUGGGGGGCGUCCAUCCUACUCAUCCUGGGAGGGGGCUUGUUCAUCAGCUCCACGUGCCCCCUCAAAGCGCACGACGCCGACAAGACCCCGUCGGUUCGAUACCUGGUGGUCCGCUCCCCAAACGGGUCCUCGCAGCACAACCGGAUUCCAGAAGCCACCCCAGCCCGGGCGGUUUUCACCCGGCCUCCCAGCUACGAGGGGGCCUCGGCAAAGUCCGAGCCGUUCGCCAGGACCACCUGGACGGACGGGCCCGAGCGUGGUCUCAGACAAGGGUCACAGAUGUCCUCGGCCCUCUCAACCAAAUCCCAGCUGAAGCGACAGGACUCGCCGCCAUCGGAGCAAAGCGAGGCGCCGUCCACCAAGUCUCAGCUGCAGCUGGACCAGACCUUGGACUCCUCCAGGAAUGAAGAGGAUGUGUCCACCAACCCAUCAAAGACGUACCUUUGACGUGGGCCCCCUGUUUACUUCCUGGUACUUCUUCUACAAGUAGUUUGGGAUCCGACACAACUCACAAAGUACUCUUUCCGUGUAUUUAAGUGCUGGGAUUUGGAAUAUUCAUCAAUUAUUGCACUACGUUUUGACUGGGAGACGAAAGCAACGUCCGACCAGGAAACAAUAAGACACUAAAUAACUGUAACAUAUGAAAUACAUCAGCAUAAUAACGAGCACUCCGUGUGUAAAUGUGACUUUUUAACUUCAUCCUCUGA